GUGUUGUCCUAUUUGGGUUUUGUAGUUCAAAAGAUGCCUGUAUAGUGAAACACUUUCUACCAGGCGCCAGGCUGAUCGAGGUGGUGUGAGCGUUCCACAAGUGGACACAGGUUUUUUUUGGCUUUCGGUCACCCCUUGUCGAGUUGGCAGAGUUGGCACUCUUUUGGCCAUGAUAUAUAUAGGGCCCAGGAGAAGUCUCCAUUGUCCGCCGUUUCCGCUGCUUUCAGUGCUCGAGUCAGGUGAAAAACGCCACGCGCCGGUUCGCCAGUGAUUGCCACGCGUCCAUGGGGAUUGCCAAGCGCAUGUUCAGCCCAAGCAUGAUUCCAACCCAUGAGAAGGACGACCUCUCGGACAGUGAGUCCUCGUCCGACAUGGACGUGGAGAGGGAGAACGCUGACGAGCAAGAAGAAGAGGCUCCAGAGGAGUUGCUGGUUCUCCCCGGACAGACGGACCUGCGCGACUGGAUGGUCUUCAAGAACGGCGUCCUGGAGUUUGCUUCGCGUCGCGUGGAAGACUUCACAGCCGAUGAGGAAGCCGCCAGAGACAUGGGCUUGGAUUUCAGCAUGAAGGACUUGCAGAUGGAGAUCGAGGAGCCCGAGGAGCCCGAGGAGCCCGAGGCCAGUCUCGAAGAGGCCGAUGAAGAGGCCGCCUUUGGCAUGGGCCUGGACCUCACUUUGAACCCCCCAGAGACGGCACCACCUGCCGAGACGCUGGGCACCGCCGAGACGCCGGGCGCCGCGGAGACGCCGCAGCGGCCGCGGCGCCGCUCCGCCACGGCGCUGCCGGAGGAGGCGGAGGUGUCGCCGGAGAAGCGGCGGCGGGUGGCACUUGAGGUGCUGGAGCAGGUGGUGGACAAGCUCACGGUAGAGAAGCUGAGUACCAGUUUGGAGCCUGAUGCUCCAGUGGCUGAAGUGAUGUAGCUCAAGGGAUGUAUUUUAGUGUUUUUUGGAGGCUUUUCUUGUGAAUGGAAUGGAUUCAAGGUACAUUCCCCGUUGAAGAUGGUGUUGGAUGACUGUUCCAGCCUCUGUUCCAGCUGCGCUGGCGACUGCGAAGCAGUUUGGGAACUGUUUUCGUUUGAGGUCGUCUUUCUUGCGGCCAAGCGAGAGGCAUAUUCGGGACAUUUCCUUGACCUGUGCUGGGGAAACCCUGGUGAGUCUUGGGCAUCUGAGAAGGGGCGAGUCUUGGUAUCUGGCAUUCCCAGCGAAUGUACAAAA